AUCAAUGCUCUCAACCAUUUCAACUUCUGUUGCCAUGAGAUGAGAGAACUGAAAUGAUAGUCUCAUUGUUAGUACUUUAACUGUGCUGUUCUAUGGAUCCUUCAUCCUUCACUAUCUAGCAGUCAAUAUGCUUCAGUUCAAAUUGUUUGCAUUUUCUUUCCUUUGUUGGUCUGACAUGUAAAACUUUAUGCUGCAGCAUUCUCACUGGGCUUCUGUCCUUCAUGAUGGACGAUGCACUGACAACUGGAAGCAUCAAGACAUCAGAUGCAGAAAAGAGGCGUUUAGCAAAAGCUUCCCUUGCCUACAAUUGUGAGAGCAAAAACUGUCCGCACUUCAGGAAACUUUUCCCAGAGUAUGUUGAGAAGUACAAUCAACAGCUACAAUUGGAGAACACUGCUGCAGAGCCGGUGCCUCAGGAGAAUCCUGCACCUGCUCCAUCCCCUGCUGCCCAGCAAGCCCCGACCGUGGCCAAUAGGGCACAACCACUGGCGGAGGCGCGCCGUGACAAGAACCAGAAGAAGGCGGUGCCCUUCUGGAUGGUGCUGGUCAUGUUUUCAGUUUUCGGGGCUGUGAUGGCGUUGCCCCUAAUGCAACUUUGACAAUAAUAAAGACAAUAAGAACGUGUGAUGCCAGGGCCGUAAUUUUGUAUAGUUUUCUAUUGGUUUGUCUGAGUGACUCAGUUGGUCCCCUAGACUACCUACCACCUCGGAGUCGUAUUGAUGAACCUGUGAUGGUAUAUCUGAAGAACUUUUGUUCUCAGUUCUCA